AGCAACAAUCUAUUGCAGACGACGCAAGAAACCAAAUCAAAAUAGUCAUUUUGGAAUUGAAGUGUUUCACGUGUCUGAAAUAUAAAAGAUUUCCUGUUAGACAUAGAAUGAGAUAUGCACAAAUUGUCAUUGGCCCAGCAGGCUCUGGUAAAUCCACCUACUGCACUGAAAUGCAACGACAUGCUGAAACUGCUCGACGAAAUAUUCACAUUGUAAAUUUGGAUCCAGCAGCCGAGUCUUUCGAAUAUAAACCGUCCAUCGAUAUUCGAGACCUCAUUCAUGUGGACGAUGCAAUGGAAGAUGAGGAAAUGCAUUUUGGACCAAAUGGGGCUCUUGUUUUUUGUAUGGAGUUUCUUCUGGAAAAUUUGCCGUGGCUAGAGAAUCAACUUGGAGAAGAUGAUGAUGACUACUUCAUUUUUGAUUGCCCUGGACAGAUUGAGCUAUACACACAUCUAAAUGUUAUGAAGAAAUUGCUGGAAGCACUAGAGUUAUGGAAUUUCAGAUUGUGUGCUGUCUUUAUCUUAGACAGUCACUUUAUGAUAAACUCUUCAUCAUUUAUAUCAGCAUCAAUGGCUGCUCUAAGUGCCAUGACAACCUUGGAGGUUACAUUCAUCAGCAUCUUGAGUAAAAUUGAUUUGUUAAGCAAGAAGAGUAAAAAGCAACUGGAAAGAUUUUUGGAGCCGGACGUGAAAGACAUAUGUGCGAACGAUACGGUUAUGGUCAAUUCAAAAUGGAAUCAAAAACAUCAGAUGCUUACUGAAAUGAUUGGCCGUGUUUUGGAAGACUAUUCUCUAAUCAAAUUCGCACCGCUUAAUAUAACGGACGAAGACAAUCUCGCCAAUAUUCUGUUCAUGGUGGACAACUGUAUGCAGUUUGGAGAAGACAGGGAUAUAAAAAUGGCGGAAUUUGAUGCUCCUGACGAAGAAGACGAGGACAACGAUGACGGUUACGAAGAAGGAAGGGGAUGAGUCAAUUAAAUAUCACUUACUUACGAAUUUAUUAUUUCUUUUUCCUUGAAACACAAUACACCGCAAUUUUUUCAGCA